CCUGCCCGUCCCACCUUUUAAACCAAUGAAAUCUCAGAAUUUCAGCAACCUUUCCCGAAGUCAAGGACAUAGAAUUUUAGAGAGAACAAAAUCAAGUAUUUCUCCUUCUAAAAAUUGAUUAACAAUGUCUACACCAAGUAAAAAGAUGAGGAUGAACUGGGAAGUGCCAGCUUCUCGGAUGUCCCACCAGACAUUCAAUCCAAUCCGUAACAUCGUAGACACAAUGCAGCUUACUCCAAAUCCGGAUAAAGAAAUGAUAGCUCUAUCUAUUGGAGACCCGACUGUUUUUAACAACCUGCCAAUACCGGAGCAUGUGAACACCUGUCUCGUGAACAAGAUCCAUGGUCAGAAACACAAUGGCUACAACCCUUCCAUAGGUUAUGAGGAGUCCCGAGAAGCAGUGGCCAAAUAUUCAUCAACCCCAAACAGAAAACUCACAGCUAAGGAUGUGAUUUUGACUGGUGGGUGUUCUAUGGCCCUGGAUCUGUGUAUCUGUGUGCUGGCUAACCCAGGACAGAAUAUCAUCGUACCUCAGCCGGGCUUCUCUAUCUAUAAAACUCUGGCCGAGUCCCACGGCAUUAACGUCAAGCACUACAACCUACUGCCAGAGAAGAACUGGGAAGUUGAUCUGGAUCACCUGGAUUCGCUGAUAGACGACAAAACAGCGACCAUCGUCAUCAAUAAUCCGUCCAAUCCGUGUGGAUCUGUCUUCAGCCGCAACCACCUGCUGGCAAUCCUAGAACUCGCCAAGAAACACAAAGUUCCCAUCAUUGCUGAUGAAAUUUAUGAACAUUUUGUGUUUUCUGGUAAUCAGUACCACUCCCUGGGAUCUCUGUCCGAUGACGUCCCCAUACUGUCCUGUAGUGGACUCACUAAAAGAUUUCUAGUCCCUGGCUGGAGGCUUGGUUGGAUCGUUAUCCACGAUCGCCAUGACGCCUUUAAGGACGUACGGCCUGGACUAGUCAGACUGACUCAGCGACUCCUUGGUCCUAAUUCCAUCGUACAAGCCGCUCUUCCAGAUAUCUUGUCAGGCACCCCAGAGCAUUUCUUUGAGGAUACUUUAAAGUAUGUGGAGGAGAAUGCUAGGAACUUCUAUGACAGGAUUUCUAAGAUUCCAGGCCUAAAGCCAGUGGAGCCUCAGGGUGCCAUGUAUAUGAUGAUUGGCAUUGAUACAGAGCAUUUCCCGGGAAUUAAAGAUGAUGUGGAAUUCACUGAGAACAUGGUCAAAGAACAAAGUGUUUUUUGUCUCCCCGCUAAGUGUUUCCAGUUUCCUAACUUUUUCCGGAUAGUAUUAACCAUUCCCAAAGCUAAAGUGUCUGUGGCCUGUGAUAGAAUCGAGGAAUUCUGUAGAGAACAUUACAGCCCAAAAAAUGUCCACGACAGAACCAUGACUAAUGGCAGUGCCUGUAAAUAGACCGACCCUGAUCAAUGGCAGUUCUUGUAAAUAGACUAAUUAGACUGACCCAUGACCAUUUUUUAGAUGACAUUGUACCCUGUUUAAGGUCUAAGGGACCAUGUUAUAGAUACUCAUAAGAGAACCAAUAAUUCAAUCAAGAGCCUUACAGAUCUUCUGAAAAGUUCAGAUUUACUUUCAAAGCUUAUGUUUUAAAUAAAACAUUUUGUCUAUAAAAUUACCCCUCAACUAAGAAACAAGUCAGUGUAUCGCAGUUUAGAAUAUUUACUCAUUUGUGCCAAAUACUGAAUUAUAAAAUUAUUGAUGCAAUGUUUACAAAAUUUUUGUUGACAUAAACUUGAUUUUAGUCUCUAGUGUUUAGUUUGAUAUACAUGUAUUCUUGCAGUUCACAAGUUGUAUAUUUUUGUUUUUCUGUUUUCUUUUUACCCUAUAUAUUUUGUUUUGAUAGAUCUGUUGAAAGAAUUUUCUUUGUAUAUAUAGCUGUAUAUAAAAAUUAUCCCUUGUAUAUAAUCAAUACAUAUUUUAGUACAGGAGUGUACAUGUAUUAUACAACAUUAUGAUAAUCAGUAAUUUGUCUAUGGUAAUCAGUAACUAAUGCAAGUUUGUAACAAAAUGGGUUUCUUUUUUAGUGUUUUUAAAGAAUUUUUAUAAGUUUGUUUUUUUAAUUAUUAUUUUUUCUGUGUAACUGUAUUGCAGAUAUUUGUUAAUAAUUAUUUUGUUUUCUUCUUCCUUUUCUAAAAGAAAAAAUCUGAAAUGACAU